AGUCGCCCUUCUUCACUGAAAAGUACAUUUGCUGAGAAAGACGAGACUUUCUUGUGCUUGCUUAACAACAAUCUGUUUUAAGGAUUAGUUUUUCUGCUCCUUCACAGUUUUAAAACACUUUUAUAUCAGAAGAGCCUGGGUUAGGGGUGCUCUUGCAUGCAACCAUGAAGGCCAUCAUCCUGGCUGCAGGUUAUGGAACCAGGCUCCGGAGGGAUAUAGAGAAUGACCCCACAGGACGCUUCUCGCACCUCAGCGGGAUCCCCAAGCCACUCCUCCCAGUGGGGCCCACGGCCCUCAUUUCGCACUGGGUCCGGGCCCUUGGGGCCACUCAAUAUGUGGACACGGUCCUUGUGGUUACUAACAGCCAUUACCUUGAAGCUUUUGAGAAGUGGGCGGCGCAGUUUCCAAAUGUCAAGGUUCUCAGUGACGGGACCACAAGUAAUGAGGAACGUCUUGGUGCUAUUGCUUGCCUUCAGCUUGUAAUCAAACAUUUCAAAAUAGAAGACCAUGUAAUAGUUAUUGGAGGGGACACUUUGUUUAAGGAAGAUUUCAGUCUUGCCACAGUCAUUACUGAGUUUUCAGAUCUGCAGGCAAAGUGCAAUGAAAGUAAUUUGGUGCUUUCCUAUGAGUGCAAAGAUGAUGAGACAUCCAAGUAUGGCAUUCUGGAGGUGGAUGCAGACCUGCGGGUGCGCUGCAUGAAAGAGAAGCCACUUCCUUCUCAGACUAACUCACGGAGAGCAUGUCCCUGCUUCUAUUUGCUGUCAGAGAGCACUAUUCCCCUCCUGGAUAAAUUCCUUGAAGAAAAGAAGGCUGCACCUAUUGAAGAAAGAGAUGCACCAGGAAACUUCCUUUCAUGGCUUAUAUUAAGAAAGCCUGUCUACAUCCACCAAGUGUCUGGCCGUUUUGACGUGGGAAACCUCGCUGCUUACAUUGAAUGUGACAAUUUUUUCAAGGAGAACUUUUUGCAGUUGAAGUCUUACUUAGUGUAGUAUGCACCUGUGACUAGUAUAUAUGUAUAUUAAUCUUAAUUUUGCAUAAAUCAAGACCUCAUAAGCCAAAAUUAACCCUCUAAAUAUUACAUUUUUCCUGAAGAAAAGAGAAAGUGAGCUGUUAAUUUGUCUUUGAUUUGUAAAGAAACUGUCUGUGCAAAGGAGCUGAAUAAACAUUGCAUCAUUCAUAAUAAAAAAAGGGUUUAUUGGAAAGGG